UGCGGGAGUUUGUUCCCGGGGAGCAGGAGCCCAUUCCCGAGGGCAGGAGCCCAUUCCCGAGGGCAGGAGCCCAUUCCCGAGGGCAGCCCGUGAUUCCCGCGGGCCCCGCCGCCAUUCCCGGGGUCUCUCCCCCAUCCCAUUCCAGCCCCUCCUCCCGGUCACUCGCGGGGCCGUCCCGGGGGCGGAUUUGGGGGCAGAUCCCAGGAAAUCGGCUCAUGCCAGCCCGACGCCAGCGGCCGGCGGCUCGGUGAGGCCAUUCCCGGCGGGAUGAGGCUCCCGGUGGCCCUGUGGCUGCCGCUGGCCCUGGCGGUGGCCGCGCUGGCCGCGGGGCAGUCCCCGCUCCAGCGGCGCGUGGUCCGGGACGUGCUGGAAUAUUUCCACGGGCGCAGCAACGUGCAUUUCCUCUUCAGGGAGAGGGAGCUGGACGGGCUCGUCGAGAGGGAGGAUCCCUCGGGGACGUUCGUGCAGCUCCGGCUGGGCCUGGCGCAGACGUCGUGCCGCAAGCGGAGCCCGCAGCGCCAGUGCCGCGUGGUGGAGAACCGGCGGAAGCCGACCUGCCUGGCCUGCUACAAGUUCGACACCGGUGACGUCCCCAAGGUGCUGGACAAGUACCACAACUGCGGCCCCGCCCAUCACCUGGCGGCCAAGGAGAUCCGGCAGCGGGAUGAGGCCGAGUGCCGGGCGGUGGAGGAGGCCGGGAAGGGAGGGGACGCGCUGUACCUGCCCGGAAUGUUCGCCUUCUCCCGGGGGCUGCCGGCAUAGGCACCACAGCCCCGCCGGACGCUGCCAUGGGGGUCCCGGACUCCCCGCUUGUCACCCCCCAGCACCGCGUGACCGAGGAGGGGCCCGGGCGUGUCCCCCCCUCCUGCCUGUCCCCGCUCCCCAGUAAACCCAGUGCUGGCUCCGC